GGUGUAUAAAUCAUGGAAACACGUUUGUAUAGAAUGGAAUUUAUUAUAGAUGAUAUUGAUAAAACAUAUCGUCUCGACGCGCAAUAAAACGCACGAGUGCGUCAUACAUUUGAUUUUACAUGUUUCAAGACAGUGUAUUUAUUAUGUAAAAAAGAUAAUAACUUUGGCGAUUAACGGGUUGCAGAACAAUUCAUAGACUUAAACGUAUAUAUUUUUAGCAUAUUUAUUAUGUGGACAGCAAAAAGAUUUGCUAAGAAUAUCAAUUUUAUUUACUGGAAAUAUAUAAUCUCAUUAAUUCCGCGAAUUAAUUCGCUACAAUAACAUAUUGAUUGAUUUUUCAUUUAUCAUUAAGUGACGAUUUUAUCGCGAAAUGCAUUUGACUUUUCACUUUUAAAGCAAAUUUAAUUUGUUUUAGCAGCUAAUUUGUGUUUUUGCAAAGAGAUUUACUCGGCAAGAUUUUUUUAUUUAUUCAACAAGAAUUUUGAUAUAACGUCAAAUAAUUGAUUGUGAUAAUGAAAUUUGGUCGCUUUUGCGUUUAAUCUGCAUCAGCAGUUUUCGCAAAACAUUUUUUUUCUAUACUAUUAUUUAUUUUCGAAUUAUUCGAAAUGUCCGCGAUAUAUGCAUAUAUAUAAUAUUAAAAAAGAACUAUAAAUAUUCUGUGUGCGAGAAAUAUUUUGUCAGAAUCAAUUCCCGAAGAAUUAGCAGCUGAAAUUAUCAUAAUCAUAUACCGAUACUACACGAAAGUUAAUUGAGACUGCAAAAAUUCGACAAAGAAGAGAUGCAGACAUUCCACAUAAUGGUUUGCGUCACUGAUAUAGCAUAAGUUAUCGCGCUUUCAUAGACUCAACAUAAAUACUCGUGUCAUAAUUGUAAAAUGAGGUGUCAAAGUGACGCGAUGUGCCCAAGUAAUAUUCUUUAUGAAAUUUACGAAAUCAGCAACACUUAUCGCAUUAUUGUCGGGUAUUAAGUUCCCAAUCUCACCAAAGAUAACGGUGGCUUUCCUUUAAACUUAAAUAAGGAGCGCAUACAUUCGCGAUACGUAUUCAUCAGCGAGUGCAUCAUCGAGUUUUCACGGUGUGUUUUUCGUCGUCGCGUUUUCAUAACACAGUUGCGUCUAAGUAUCAACGAUGAACGAAUUGUGAAUAAUGUCACGUCAAUCGGCAUGAUAAGCUUCAGGAAUAUUGGUUACUGCAUUUUCGAUAUCAGUUUAUCAAGCUACGAAUUUGAAACAAUGACAUUGAUGUCACGUAGUUAGUGAUCUCUUCCCGAUUAGGUGAACGCGAGAAGACAAUAAUUCGACGAGUGAAUAAUUGAAUAAUUGAAUAAUUUGACAUCGAAAGUGAUUGUGAUAUUAACGGAAAAUUAAUUAAAAUGAAUAUGAUAAUCUGGAACGUGUUACUUAUCCUGCUUCAACUGGUCGUUCGUGAAACCCAAUCAGAAACUAUAAUAACGGCGUACGAUGACUUCGGUUUGUCGCCGAUCGAUCCGGAGAUCGCCGACAGCAUCGAUUGGAAGCGUCACGCGUGUCGGCGAACGUGCAAGGAUGGCGCGGCACCUCUGGAUUGUUAUUAUACCUUUAAGCUGGAGUCUUAUUACGCGAUGAGCAAAGCUUGUUACGACUGCCCCUUCAAUAUUACGGACUGCUUUCGGCCUCAUUGCAUCCCGGCGGAUGGCGUAAAGCGAUCUCUCUUGGUCGUGAACCGGCAAAUGCCAGGUCCGUCGAUCGAGGUAUGCCAAGGUGACAGGAUAAUGGUCGAUAUGAUUAACUUGUUGCACUCGGAGAGCACCACGAUGCACUGGCACGGCCAGCAUCAUCUCGCCACGCCAUAUAUGGACGGUGUACCCUAUGUAUCGCAAUGUCCUAUCCCUCCUGGAGCGACCUUCCGAUACAAUUAUAUCGCCAGCGAAGCCGGGACGCAUUUCUGGCACUCUCAUAUAGGAUUUCAGAGAGGCGACGGCGUAUUCGGAUCGUUAAUCGUUCGUGUACCUCCUAAAGUUGACAGGCACAAGGAUCUGUAUGACUACGAUGAUCAUACGCUAGUAGUCGCCGAUUGGGUUCACGAGCUCGGUCUUACCAAAUUUCUAGCGCAUCAUCACGCGGACGGUGAUAACAAAGCACCCAAUUUACUUAUAAACGGUCUGGGCCGUUUCACCUCCAUCGAAGGUGAAAACGAGACAUUGGCCGAUAUGCCUAUUUCGAUAUCCGUUGUAAAACCGAAUUUUCGGUAUAGAUUCAGGCUUAUUAAUGCGGAGUUCCUGAACUGUCCAAUAGAAAUUUCCGUCGACAACCAUACUUUAUAUGUGAUCAGCUCAGAUGGACGUGAUAUUGAACCAAUACAAGCCGAAUCGCUAGUGAGUUAUGCCGGCGAGAGGUUCGAUUUCAUAAUCGAGAUGAACCAAUCAGUGGAUAAUUAUUGGAUGAGAUUUCGAGGACUGAUGGAUUGCGACAAGAGAUUUUUAAGCGCCUAUCAAGUCGCGAUACUUAGAUACGAAGGAGCGCCUGAAGAGGAGCCGGCAGUGGAAGUUUCAUAUGAUCGUGUGCGAAAUGAUUCUUAUGGAUUGCAAGUGAACGCUCUGAAUGAAGGAACUGAAUCGAAUAAUAGUAUCAGUAUCCCGAUGUUGACUGCAAUGGACGACGAUGACGUAUCGAAUACCAAAGAACCGGAUUAUCAGUUCUACAUAUCGUAUGAUUUUUACGCGAAAGAUAACCCGCACUUUCACCGCAAGAAUCUAUAUGGCUUCCAUCAAGUGAAGGAUACGAAACAGCGUUUGUUCACACCGCAACUGAAUCACAUAUCAAUGAAGCUACCACCAUUUCCGCUUCUACCCGAAAGAAACCUUAUUAAGCCAAAUCAGUUUUGUAACUCCAGCACAGUUGAGGGAUGCAAGAAUGAUUAUUGUGCUUGUACCCAUGUACUUCAAGUGAAAAUUAACAGUGUAGUGGAACUACUUUUGAUCGACGAAGGUGUUCCGUACGACGCGAAUCAUCCGUUUCACCUUCACGGUUAUCAGUUCCGCGUUGUGGCGAUGGAGAAGAUAGGAAGUAACAUCACGGCCGCCGAAGUAAAGGAAUUAGACAGGCAAGGUUUGAUAAACAGGACACUCACACGAGCACCUUUGAAGGACACGGUGACCGUGCCAGACGGUGGUUACACCAUCGUGCGAUUUCACGCCAAUAAUCCAGGAUAUUGGCUGUUUCACUGUCACAUUGAAUUUCACGCGGAGAUAGGAAUGGCCCUGAUCUUUAAGGUGGGCGAAGACGAGGAGAUGCCGCCGGUGCCUCGUAAUUUUCCUAAAUGCGGUGAUUGGAAACAGAUGGACGAUCAGAACGAAGAUAACUCAGAGACCACUACAAUUUCAACGACAAUCGCUGGGAAGGAAUCCAAGGAAAACAACCGUGUCAUGGAUGCAAUAGAGCAUCUCUUGAGAUAUAUGGCGUAUUUUGAGCAACUUCUGAAAUUACAGAUGACUUCUUCGGCGUCGAAUUCAAGUGUGACAUUGUUACUUUUUGUCGCUUGCCUUUUGAGUUCUAUGAUUCAUGCGCGUUCUUCGUGACAUAUGUAUCCAUGUAAAUAGUAAUAGCGGAUUAUAAAUAUAAUCGUAAAGAAUAUUUAUAGGAACAAAACAAUAUAAAUGAGUUAGA